UUCAGGACGUAUGAUUCAGUGGAAUUUUAUCCUGGACCCAGUUUAAAUGUUAUCAUUGGACCAAAUGGGACUGGUAAAUCAACUAUAGUAUGUGCUAUAUGUUUGGGGUUGGCUGGAAAAACAAGUCUAUUGGGUCGAGCUUCUCAGUUUUCUGAAUACAUUAAAUAUGGAAAUUCUGCAGGAAAAAUUGAACUUGAAUUGUUCAAUGCCUCAGGAGAUAACUAUAUUAUUAAACGUGAAAUACAUAAAAAUAAUUCAUCGACAUGGAAGGUCAAUGGUAGACCAUCUACACAGAAAGCUGUUGAAGAAACAGCAGCUAGAUUGAGUAUUCAAGUUGGUAAUUUAUGUCAGUUUUUGCCACAAGAGAAAGUGGCAGAUUUUGCAAAAAUGUCUCAACAAGAAAUGUUGGAGAAUACAGAAAAGGCGGUUGGUGGUAUGGAAUUGUAUGAAAACCAUCAGAAACUGAAAGAUGCCAGGAAACAAGCCAGAACUUUAGAAAUUGAUUUCACAACAUUACGAGACAGACUGGAACAAGAAAAACAGAAAAAUGCACGUCUGGAACAAGAUGUUAAAAACUUUGGUGAAAGACAAUCACAUAUUGAAAGAAUAGAUUUACUGAAGAAGAAAAAACCUUGGGUGGAAUAUGAAAACACCAGAAAGAGUUAUAUAGAAAAAAGGAACAAUUUAAAAGAAAAAGAGGAUGAAUUAAAGAAAGCAAAAUCCAGCCUCAUUCCUUUAGAAAAAGAACUUCAGGCAGCUAAACACCUUAAAGAAUCAUUUGAAGCCCAGAUUAAACAGAAAAGUACACAGAUUAAAAGUUAUGCUGAUAAGGUGAAAUCAGCUACAGAUGAAUUAGAGAGUUGGACUGAUAAGAUAACUGACAUUCAGAAAGAUUUGAAAUUUAAACAAGAGGAGGAAGAUGGAAGAUUGAAAAAGUUAAGUGGGUUAAAGAAACAGUUACAUGUUUUAGAGAAAGAAUUAUCAAAUUUAGACACUACAGAAGAUGUACAGCCUGCUAUAGAAAAGAUCAAUCUAGAUAUGAGGAAUGCUGGGAAAGAAAUGAGUAACUUGAAUCAACAGGGUGACAGUCUCAGAAUGGAUAUCAACAACAAGAAGAGAGAGUUACAAGAGAUGCAGCUGUCAUUACGCAGGCUACAAGAUAUUGGUAAUCAAAGACUAGAAAGUUUACGACGUAGUCACAGGGAUACAUAUGAAGCUGUUGUGUGGUUAAGACAAAAUAGAGAUAAGUUUAGAGGAGAAAUUUGUGAACCUGUUCUGCUCUGUGUGAAUGUAUAUAAUCCAGCUGAUGCCAAGUAUUUAGAAACUCACAUCUCCUUUAAUGAUAUGAAGAUGUUUGUAGUAGAGAAUGCUGAAGAUCUGGAAGUAUUUCUAUCUGCUGUUAGAGAUCAACAGAAACUGAAAGUUAAUGCUGCUAAAAUGCCACCUCAAGCUGUGUCAUCUUAUAAAGCUAAAUAUGAUAUUAAUCACUAUAGACGCUAUGGUUUUCACCAUUAUUUAAAAGAUAUGUUUGAAUGCCCUGAUCCUGUGAUGAGAUAUCUAUGUUGUUUAUAUCGUGUUCAUUCUAUACCAGUAGGAGAUAAAUAUACUAAAGAUAAUGUAGAUGGUGUUAUUAAAGAUCAUUCUGAAUUAAACAUUUUUCUACCACAAUCCUGUUCUAAUGAAUUUUUAUCCAAUCAAAGUGUGUCAUGUAGAAUUCAUUUUUUUUUAACAAUGACUCAUGUGUUAUGCCAUAAAAUGGAUAUGCCUUUUUUUCAGAGCCAUGAGAAAAUAAUCAAAUCUCUAGAAGAUAAAUAUCGUGAAAUUCAGACUAAAUCAAAAGAAUGGGAUGCAACUCUCAAUCAACUGAGAGAACAAAAGAAAAAAUUACAAGAACAGAAAGGAAUAGAAAGACGACUACAGACUCAGAUAUCACAUAAAAAAGACAGUAUAUUACGUGUAGAAUCAGAGAAGGUCGAUUUGACAGCUGAAGAAAAUGAUGCAAAGAAUCAGAUUAAACAGAUUACUAUCAAAAAAUGUAAAAUAUUGAAGGAAUUAAAAUCUAAUACUUUGGUAAGAAUCUUGAAUAUUUAUUUUUAUUUUGUGGUAAUAAACUUAUUGCUUUUUUCUUAUUUUCCAGAAAUCUUUUUAAUUAUGCAUUCGAUAAGUUCCAAGUGCAGUGGAGAGUUAAAAGAAAGUUCCAACAAAGUAAAAGAUGAAGCCAGAAGGAUGUUGUCUAUUGCUAAAAAAGCUACCAAUACUGCUCAGGAUGAAGAACUCUCCCAGGAAUGGAAAAAUGUAACAAUCAUUGAUGAUUAUAUUUUCCAGCUAUUUUCAACCUGUCCGCUGGAAUUAGAGACUAUAGAAGCUGAAAUACAUGAAGAACAAGCUCGAGCUGAUUGUACUUUACAGACUGAUGAAUCGGUAGUAAAAGAGUAUCAUAAAAGAAAAGAUUCUAUCAAUAAACUAGAGAAAGAGUUAAAACAGAGAUUAACAGCUAAAGAAAACCAUCAAGAUGAGGUGAACCGAGCUAAAGAAGAAUGGCUAGGGCCUUUACAACAACUUAUUGCAAGGAUCAAUAAAAAUUUCAGUUAUUUUUUUCAAUGUAUGAAAUGUGCUGGGGAGGUUGAAUUGGCAAUCCCAGAAAACCCUGAAGACUAUGAGAAGUAUUCAGUUAAAAUUAAAGUUAAAUAUCGUGAUGCUGAUGCUCUAAGGGAGUUAACUCCACAUCAUCAAAGUGGUGGAGAGAGAAGUGUCGCUACUGUAUUAUAUAUGUUGGCAUUACAAGAAUUAGCCAAAUGUCCUUUUAGAUGUGUUGAUGAAAUUAAUCAGGGAAUGGAUCCAGUCAAUGAAAGAAAGGUGUUCGAAUUAGUGGUAGAAACAGUGUGUAGAAAUGCCAAUUCACAAUAUUUCCUUCUUACACCUAAGUUACUGCCAGAUUUGGAAUAUGCUGAUAACAUGAGGAUACUGUGUGUUCAAAAUGGCCCGUUAAUGAUGAACCAUACUGACUGGAAGUUAAAGGCUUUCUUAAGAAGAAGGAAUAAUAUUAACUGUGAUUCUCAAGACAAUUGA